AGUGUGGCAUUUGAAGCGCUGAAACCAACGUACGACGCUGCGACAUUAAUGCUUUUUCUACUUUUUCUCUCUUUUCACUUCUUCCCUUGUGACUCUGUGGGGUCUCUUCCCUUGAGUUGUCCAAUUCCAACUUUCUCUCUCUCUAAGAUAAUGGCAAACGCUGCUUCUCGCUUUCCCACUUCUCUUCCUUUUAAGGCCCCAAAUUUGUGCUCUAUCAGAAGAUGCCUCCGACAUGAACCUCACUGCUAGGUAGUUAGGGAGCAAGUGUUACCCUUUACCACAUCAUCUUCUUCUUCUUCCGUUCUUUCUACAACCAAGCAAGACCCUUUUGCUUUUGCCAAGUGGGAAAACAAGAACAAAAAAUGAUGUGUUUUUCUGUGUGUUCAAGGUUUUAGGAUGAUACAUGAUGAGGAGUUCAAGUUUCAAGAAAUGGGCUGUGGGAUUUGCACCUGGAAAUGAAGGAGAGGCAACGUUGGAAAGCUGAAGAGGACGCGUUACUAUGUGCUUAUGUGAGACAGUAUGGUCCUAGGGAAUGGAAUCUCGUGUCUCAGCGCAUGAACACACCUCUCAACAGGGAUGCAAAGUCAUGCUUAGAAAGGUGGAAGAACUACCUCAAGCCAGGCAUCAAGAAAGGGUCUCUCACCGAAGAAGAGCAGCGUCUUGUUAUCCGGCUUCAAGCGAAACACGGCAACAAGUGGAAGAAAAUCGCUGCAGAAGUUCCGGGUAGAACAGCCAAGAGGUUAGGCAAGUGGUGGGAAGUAUUCAAAGAGAAGCAGCAGAGGGAAAAGCAAGAGAUCAACAAAACAAUUAGCCCAAUUGAUGACACCAAAUAUGAUCAUAUACUAGAGACUUUCGCAGAGAAACUAGUGAAAGAACACCUUUCACAAUCAUCAUACCUUAUGGCUGCUUCUAAUGGACCAUUUCUUCACACAGACGCACCUGCACCAUCAGCAUUGCUUCCUCCUUGGCUUUCAAACACAAAUAACAAUCCCUCAGCCAUUAGGCCACCUUCCCCUUCCGUGACACUAAGUCUCUCCCCCUCAACAGCGCCUCCUCGGUGGUUGCAGCCCGAAAGAGGGCCAGGGAAUGUAACAGCACCUCAUGGUGGAUCUGUUCCAGCCUUCAGCGAUAACAUGGUCAUGUCAGAAUUGAUAGAGUGCUGCAAGGAGUUGGAAGAGGGGCAGCGCGCAUGGACAGCACAUAGGAAGGAGGCAGCAUGGCGGUUAAGAAGGGUGGAGUUGCAGUUGGAGGCAGAGAAAACGAGUCGAAGGAGGGAGAAGGUGGAGGAAAUUGAAGCAAAGAUUAAAGCUCUCUGGGAAGAACAGAAUGCUGCUUUGGAUAGAAUUGAAGCAGAAUAUAAAGAACAGUUAUCUGGAUUGAGAAAAGAUGCUGAAAAGAAGGAGCAGAAGUUAGCUGAGCAAUGGAAUGCAAAGCACAUGCGGCUUGUGAAGGUUAUGGAGCAAGUAGGAUGCAGACUACCCCGGAUUGUUGAGCCUAAUGGAAGGUAAAACACAUCAUUCACAAAUUCAUCUGCUUCGUUUGCUCUUUAGACUUGAAUAUUGUAGUUUGGUUCUUCUACUCCUAACUAGGAUUUUAAUAUGUAUUAUCGUACGAGUGCGGUGUUGCAUCCUCAUGCAUAUGAACUCAGCUGAAUUCUGAACUAUGUUGCAACUCAAUGGAAGGAUGUUGUGUUAUUUCCGCUGAAAUUAAAUAUUUUCAUGCGAUAGAAUAUUAGAAUACUUACUAGUUACUACCACGUUUUCUCGUGUUCUUUUGGUACGAUAUUGUUUCGUACCACGUAGCAGGACAGGACUGAUAUUACUUUUAGUUCAAGUGAAAUUUCUCGAAUAAAAAAUUUGAUUUUUUUUUGCUUU